AUGGGGUCCACCUUACCCGGAGGCCUGGGGGUAACAAGAGAAACAGGACAGGGGGAGGCUGGGAGCCGUGACGACGGGGAAACUCCACAGCUUCUCAGCGCUGUCACCCCACCCUCCCACCCCCACACCUGCACUGCUGUGUCCUGCUCCCGGGCUGGGGAACAGGCCCGAGGUCAUCCGACUCCUGCUUUGUCAGAAAGGAGUGCUGACUUAGCUUGUUUAGAUGAGUAG